AUGAGGAAGACUGUCAAACUGGUAACAACAGAUGAGGAGAAGGCUGAGGUACUCGACGACGACUUUGCUUCAGUCUUCACUGGCAAUCCUUCUUCCCGCACCUCUCGAGGGGAUGGACUGCAAGACACAGACUGGAGGAGCAAAAUCCCUCCCAUUGUAAGAGAUGAUCAGAAGUCCAUCUCCAUGAAAAUAAGGUUGUUUACAGGCACAGGUACCUUUGGGCGUGUUCAUCUAGUGAAGGAAAAAAUGGCCAAACGUUACUUUGCACUAAAAGUAAUGAGCAUUCCUGAUGUCAUUCGACUGAAGCAAGAGCAACAUGUGCACAAUGAAAAGUCAGUCUUGAAAGAGGUCAACCACCCCUUUUUGAUCAGACUAUUUUGGACCAACCAUGAUGAACGUUUUUUAUACAUGUUAAUGGAAUAUGUGCCAGGAGGAGAACUUUUUAGUUACCUGCGCAACAUGGGGCGUUUCAACAACAGCACAGGACUGUUUUACUCGGCAGAAAUUAUUUGUGCAAUAGAAUACCUGCACUCCAAAGAAAUAGUUUACAGAGACUUAAAACCUGAAAAUAUAUUAUUAGACAAAGAAGGACAUAUCAAGCUUACUGAUUUUGGAUUUGCUAAAAAGCUGGUGGAUAGGACAUGGACGCUCUGUGGCACUCCUGAGUACCUUGCACCGGAAGUUAUACAAAGCAAAGGCCAUGGAAGAGCUGUGGAUUGGUGGGCCCUGGGAAUUCUUAUAUUUGAGAUGUUAUCAGGGUUUCCUCCAUUUUUCGAUGACAAUCCAUUUGGUAUAUAUCAGAAGAUUCUUGCUGGCAAAAUAGAUUUCCCGAGGCAUUUGGAUUUAUAUGUAAAAGACCUUAUUAAGAAGCUGCUUGUGGUUGACAGGACAAGACGAUUGGGGAAUAUGAAGAAUGGAGCAGAUGAUGUGAAGAGACAUCGAUGGUUCAGGUCUAUAGAUUGGGACGCUGUACCUCAAGGGAGACUAAAGCCUCCCAUAGUACCGAAAGUAUCCAAUGAUGGGGAUACUUCCAAUUUUGAAGCUUAUCCUGAAGAUGACUGGAACAAGAUGCCUCCAGUACCCCCUAAAGAUCUAGAAAUUUUCAAGAACUUCUGAAUGUGACAUGUACACUGGCCGAGAAACUGGAAGGAAAUUGAAGUACUAAGAGCAAGUCUGAAGAAAAAUGGAGUUCAUACGUAAAUGAAGACUUUCUAUGUGGAUAAGAAUGAUACUGCAUUCAGAUACGUGUAUUAGUAUAUAGUAAAUAUCUAAAGAGUUGGAGGCAGGCAAGAAUAAUUUUUGCUGUAAACAUUUGACAUCAGUAAAUUGUAAUAUUGAUAGUCUACUCUGAAGUAGACUUACUAAAAUGGUAUAUUUUAGGAUUAUUUUUUUUAACUUAUGGUUUAGUUAAGUUUCCUGCUAUUCCCAGAUCCUUUUUGCAUAGUCAACUCAUAGACUUAAUUUUAUAAGUUUAUACUAAACUUGUGUAAUUAAAAGCACAAAUUAGUAUAUAUGUAUAUAAUGAAUACAAUACAACUAAAGCACAGGAACUGUGCAAAGAUGUAAAUUUUUGUAC